AUGCCUCAGGACGCCAGUACGAGUGUUGUGAUCUGUGGAGAGGUCUUCAAGUCCUUGGCUGCUCAAAAAGAGCACAAGAGCACCCACAUGGAAAACGGCGAGUACCUGUGCUCGGAGUGUGGGUGGGCUUUCGCCUGGAAAUCGGCACUGGUGAGGCACCUAAAGACCCACAGCGUGGAUGCUGACAAGUCAGAGGAGUCUUACAAAUGCCCUCGCUGUGAUUUGGGUUUCAGCUGUGUCAGCUACCUCAACAGGCACCUCCAGACUCACCAAGAAGAAAGAGUUCAUGCCUGCAACUGUGGAAAGAGCUUUACCUACCGGGCAGCUCUUACCGCACACCAGCGGAUUCAUCAGAAAGAGCGGCCACACAUAUGCACACAGUGUGGCAAGGGCUUCCUCUACAAGGGUGGUCUGCUGAGCCACAUGAAGAUCCACUCAGAGGAAAUGCCAUUCAUGUGUUCGUUCUGCGGCAAGAGCUUCAAGAGAGAACGCGACACUAAUCAGACACGAGCUGACGCAUUCGGUGAGAGGCUGUACCUCUGCUCCGACUGUGGGAAGGGUUUCUUCUCCCACACCGAGCUUUUGAAGCAUGAGCGAUUCCACACGGGCCACAAGCCCUUCCAGUGCCCCCACUGCGGUAAGAAGUUCACGCAGUCUUGCUACCUUACCAUCCAUCUGCGCUACCACACUGGAGUCCGGCCGUACUCCUGCAACGAGUGUGACAAGAGCUUCCUGAGCGCCAACCGCCUGAAGAGACACCAGUGA